AUGUUUUAUUCGUGCUCCAGUGGACCAUACUCAGAUCAGUGCAAAUUUAAAGACGCGGAAUGUUAUUAUUGCAAAAAGCGUGGACAUAUUGAGAGAGCUUGCAUAAAAAAAGAAAAAACCAAAAAGCCAGCAAUAAAUAGUUGGAGAAGGCCAAACAGAGUAAAUCUUUUAGACACAAGCCAGGAAACUCAAACGACGGAGUAUUUAUGGUCAAUGUUCGCUAAAGGUAGUCCAUCGGUCAAGAGAUUGAUUACGAUAGGUAAGUCACCGGUACAAAUGGAAAUAGACUCUGGGGCAAGUUACUCAAUAAACUUGGGGAACAGAGAAAAUCUUAAACUAAGUGGAGAAGCAGAAGUACCAGUCUCGUUUGGGAAUGUCACAAAGAAACUAAAGUUGUUAGUAGCAGCGGGUGAUGGUCCGACUCUAAUUGGUCGAAAUUGGUUUAACGAUUUGGGAAUUAGUAUAACCAGCAAUUUAUGCAAUAUAGAAUCAACUAUUCCAGUAGAAGUUAUGAACUUCAGUUCAGUUUUUUAUGGAAAUAUUGGAGAUUACAAGGGAGCAGCAUUAAAGAAGAUGGAAGAUGAAGGCGCACUACGCUCAAUACCCUUUAGUGAGUAG